AUGCUUCGCACAUUGCCUCGUCGGUGUAUCCCCCGCGCUUCGCGCAUCUCCACCGUCCACCCCAUUACCGCCCUCGCCGUGCCAAAACUCUACCGUGGCCUUGCGUCCCCCGCAAAGGCCGUUCCCCCCAGCCCCAUUGACGCCUUCGCAAAUGGUGCCAACUCGUACUACAUUGAGGAGAUGUACCGCGACUGGAAGAACGACCCCAAGUCGGUUCACGCUUCGUGGCAGGCCUACUUCUCGGGCCUCGACAAGGGCCUCCCAUCGGCCUCUGCGUUCACUCCUCCCCCCGGCCUCCAGUCGGGUGAGAAUGUCUUGGAGCCCAUGGGUGGCGCUCCCACGCUCGACGUCAAGGGCUCCGGCGCCGUCUCGGACUACCUCAAGGUCCAGCUCCUCGUCCGUGCCUACCAGGUCCGCGGACACCACAUGGCCAACCUCGACCCCCUGGGCAUCAGCCACGCCGACCUCGAGGGCUCGCCAGUUCCUGAACUUAACCCCGAGUACUACGGCUGGACCGAGGCCGACAUGGACAGGGAGUUCACUCUCGGUCCCGGUAUCCUGCCCCGCUUCACUGGCACCGUCAAGGACGACAAGUUGACGCUUCGCCAGAUCAUUGCUGAGUGCAAGAAGAUCUACGCGAGCUCGAUCGGCUUCCAGUACAUCCACAUUCCCGACCGUGGACAGUGCGACUGGCUUCGUGAGCGUAUUGAGGUGCCCACACAGUGGAACUACUCGACCGAGGAGAAGCGUAUGAUCCUUGACCGCACCAUCUGGUCGGAGCUUUUCGAGAAGUUUGUCGCUUCCAAGUUCCCCAACGAGAAGCGCUUCGGUCUCGAGGGUGGAGAGUCGCUCAUCCCCGGUAUGAAGGGUCUCAUUGACGCCUCGGUCGACGCUGGUGUCCGCUCGAUUGUCAUCGGUAUGCCCCACCGUGGCCGUCUCAACGUCCUCGCCAACGUCAUCCGCAAGCCCCUCGAGGCUAUCCUCAACGAGUUCGCCGGCAACAACGACACUGGUGACGGAUCGGGUGACGUCAAGUACCACCUUGGCGCCAACUACAUUCGCCCCACCCCCUCGGGCAAGAAGGUCUCGCUCUCGCUCGUUGCCAACCCCUCGCAUCUCGAGGCUGAGGACCCCGUUGUGCUUGGCAAGACCCGUGCCAUCCAGCACUUUGAGGGUGACGAGGGUACUGCCGACCACUCGAUGGCUGUCCUUCUCCACGGUGACGCCGCGUUCGCCGGCCAGGGUAUCAUCUACGAGACCAUGGGCAUGUCGCACCUCCAGAGCUACGGCACUGGCGGUACCAUCCACCUGAUUGUCAACAACCAGAUUGGUUUCACCACCGACCCCCGCUUCUCGCGCUCGACUCCCUACCCCUCGGACAUUGCCAAGGCCAUUGACGCGCCCAUCUUCCACGUCAACGCCGACGACGUUGAGGCCGUCAACUUUGUGUGCAUGCUUGCCGCCGAGUGGCGCGCGACGUUUAAGAAGGACGUUGUCAUUGACCUGGUCUGCUACCGUCGCCACGGUCACAACGAGACGGACCAGCCGUCGUUCACCCAGCCCCGCAUGUACCGCGAGAUCCAGAAGCACCCCUCAGUCCUUCCCAUCUACUCGGAGCAGCUGAUCAAGGAGGGUGCGUUCACCGCCAAGGAGAUUGAGGAGCACCGCCAGUGGGUCUGGGGCAUGCUUGAGAAGGCUGCCGACGACUCUAAGGACUACAAGGCCUCGCCCGGCGAGUGGCUCUCGUCUUCGUGGGAGGGAUUCCCGUCGCCCAAGGAACUCGCUGAGCAGGUCCUCCCCCAGCGUCCCUCGGGUGUCGCGGAGGAGACCCUCAAGAAGAUUGGCGAGAGCAUCUCGAGCUUCCCCCCAGGCUUCACCCCGCACAAGAACCUUGCGCGUAUCAUCAAGAACCGUGGCACCACUAUCGCCGACGGCAAGGGGAUCGACUGGUCGACCGCCGAGGCCCUCGCUCUUGGCUCGCUCUGCCUUGAGGGCACUCACGUCCGUGUCUCCGGCCAGGAUGUUGAGCGUGGUACCUUCUCGCAGCGCCACGCACUCGUCCACGACCAGGAGAACGAGAGCACAUACACUGCGCUCAAGCACCUCUCGCCUGAGCAGGGUUCGUUCACCAUCACCAACUCGCACUUGUCCGAGUACGGUGUCCUUGGCUUCGAGCUCGGCUACUCGCUCGUCUCGCCCAACUCCCUGACCAUGUGGGAGGCCCAGUUCGGCGACUUUGCCAACACUGCUCAGGUCAUCAUUGACCAGUUCAUCGCGUCGGGCGAGCGCAAGUGGCUCCAGCGCUCCGGUCUCGUCAUGUCGAUGCCCCACGGCUUCGACGGACAGGGCCCCGAGCACUCGUCGGGCCGUAUUGAGCGUUUCCUCCAGCUCUGUGACGACGACCCGCGCGUCUACCCCUCGCCCGAGAAGCUCGAGCGCCAGAUCCAGGACUGCAACAUGCAGGUCGUCUACCCGACCACUCCAGCCAACUACUUCCACGCUCUCCGUCGCCAGCAGAUGCGUGACUUCCGCAAGCCGCUUAUCGUCUUCUUCUCCAAGGCGCUCCUCCGUCACCCGAUGGCCCGCUCCAACCUCUCCGAGAUGACGGGCAACACCAUCUUUGAGCGCUUCCUCCCCGAGUCGACUCCCGAGGUCCUCGAGGCGCCAGAGAAGAUCCGCAAGCACCUCAUCUGCUCUGGCCAGGUCUACGUCGAGCUCAUGAAGGAGCGCGAGGCCCGCGGCAUCAAGGACGUUGCCAUUUCGCGUGUCGAGCAGAUCUCGCCCUUCCCCUACGACAUGGUCACCCCCGAGCUGGACCGGUACCCGAACUCUGAGAUUGUUUGGGUCCAGGAGGAGCCGCUCAACAUGGGAUCGUACGACUACGUUUCUCCCCGCCUCGAGCUCGCCUGCAACCAGACUCAGCACCACAAGGGCAAGACUGUCGGCUACGCCGGCCGCAACCCCUCGUGCUCUGUCGCGACUGGUUUCAAGAACCAGCACAAGGCGGAGGUCCAGCUCAUCAACGACAUGGCCUUUGCCUAA